AGGCCGUACAAACAAACUGCAUCCUUGACUGUGGUAGCGAAUACAUUGAAUGAAAAGAAUCAGGAGAAUCACGAUAGAUAAACAAAUGUGCCAGGCGAUGAAUGGUGUUUGAUGAUUCCAUCAUCUAUCUACCCAUUCCAGACAUUUAAAAGUUUGGCUCGGGGAUACUAUAAUGUAAAUUUGGGCAAUCAUAGACAUUUUUUCUCCCACUCUAUCUGCCGCAGGAGCGAGAGCGAAAGUUAAAAAUCGGCCUGUCCAGUAGUAACGUAACACCAUAACUUGUUGGAUAUUUGGAACAAAACUGUUACAUUUCUGAACAGCUCUUGUCCGUCAUGGAUUUCGUGUGGCACUUUAUUUAUCUUUUCUCCGGAUUGUUGAAUGUGCAAACAGAACCGCAGGUGACGGUGGAAGAAGGAACACUUGUUGGAAAACGGAUGGUUUCUCUCACUGGAAAAGAAUUUUACGCUUUUCUUGGAAUCCCUUUCGCGGCACCACCGAUCGGAGAUCUCAGGUUUCAGAAUCCAAAAAAGCCACCGAAAUGGAACGGAGCUCGACUGGCGAUUAGAGAGGGCAGCGAUUGCAUUCAGCGAGACGUAUUUUUUCCAUGGAUAAUUGGAUCCGAGGACUGCCUAUACUUGAACGUGUACACGCCGAAGAUAAAUAGCGGACGCGCGGAUGAAAUAAAUCACCUCCCAGUUAUGGUAUGGAUUCACGGUGGCUCUUUCUUGCGCGGCUCGGGCAGCACCUUUUUAUACGGGCCGAAAUACCUGCUUGAUCAUCCGGUCGUGCUUGUUACGAUGAAUUAUCGUUUAGGAAUGCUCGGAUUUUUAAAUUUAGGAACUCCACAAUUCCCUGGCAAUUACGGUCUUAAAGACCAGGUAUUUGCCCUGAGGUGGGUGCAGAGAAAUAUUGCGGCGUUCGGUGGAAAUCCUAACUCGGUCACAAUUUUCGGCGAAAGCGCUGGGGCUGCUAGCGUGCACUACUUGAUGAUCUCACCUCUAGCUACAGGUCUUUUUCAUAAAGCAAUUGCUCAGAGCGGAUCCGCUUUCAACGAUUGGGCGAACCUCCCUGAAGCCGAGAGGGUGACGAUGCAGGCAGCACACAAUCUCGGUUGCAAAAACAAGAACAAAACCAAAAUAGCCAUUUGCCUAAAAACGGUAGACGCAGCAAAAUUCAUCCUCGAAGGAGAAGCCGUGGAGAGAAAUGAACGCAGAAUCACAGGAUUCACACCUAGUGUGGAGCCCAAGGGCACAAAGGGCGCGUUUUUGCCGCGUCACGCUAGACAAAUGCCAAUUUCGGAUGUGCCCCUGAUGGCAGGAUUCAACACUCACGAAGGAAUGUUUUUAUACUGGUAUAAACGGCCUUUGGUGAUUGAUGAGGAGUUGAGCAUAAAUAGGGAUUACUACAGGCUCGAAGAAAUGAACUUGAGAAAAGAUAGUCCGCAGUUCAACAAAACGUGGAGCAAAAUUAGGAGAUUUUAUAAACACUUGAGCAACGACAAAAUGAUGCAAUUCAUUAUGAUUGCCUCAGACGUGCAUUUCACUGUUGGUAUCGACCAAAUGUUGCGCUCCUUUGAGAGCAGCGGAAAUAAAUCUCCUUUGUAUUAUUAUCUGUUCUCGUACAGCGGUGCACAGGGGAUAAAUAAAAUUCUCACAAAAAUUAAAACGCCAGGGGCGUGCCACGGAGAUGAGCUUGGCUACCUCUUCAAUCACAGAGUAUUAAACAUUUUGAAGCCAUUAAGCAAUGCUGACUUGCAAGUGACGAUGUCAAUGACAAAAUUAUGGACUGACUUUGCCAGGACCGGAAACCCAACACCAACUGGCUCAAAUUUCACGACUUGGCUUCCGAUAGAGAAGAAGAAAGACCCGCGAGAAAUUGUUGCUCGCUUCAUGGACAUCAACUCAAACCUAAGCAUGCACAACGACACUGGUCCCUACGAUAACCGUGUACGUUUCUGGACAGCUAUGCUUAAUAAUAAAAGAAAGACUGAUAUUUAAACA